AGAGUUUGGGUUACAAAAUGCAUAACUCCACCCACAGUUUACGAGCAGGGCGCUGUUAAGGAGAGUUCCUACCCAGACGUCAAUUAAUGCUAGUACUUGUGAGGUGAAGUUAUAUGUAGAAGAACAAUUGAGGAUGGAUUACUGAAUUUGUCUUCGGCACAGAUUGUUAUAAAGGUGUUCUGCUGAUAAAUGUACAGGCCAUGACAGGGAAAAUGAAAGACCGAUUUAAUGAUCUGUUGGAGAUCUCCAAGAAUUCCUCUCAGGAGGAAAAUCCUGAUGAAGUGGACAAUAAUGUGGAGAUGGUGCAGGAGACCAUCGUCUUCGAUGAGGACCACAUCAUGGAAGAAGUGUAUAAAGAGGUGCAGGCAGUGCGCCGGGAGAACGAGGUGCUCAGAGUGGACAUCAAAAGGCUGGGCAAGCAGAACAACCGUUUCCUAACUUCUAUGCGGCGCAUUAGCAGUAUCAAGCGAGACUCUAGCGCCAUUGCCCGGGACAUAAAGACCAGGGGGGAAGGUAUCUACAAGCGACUCCAGAAGAUGGAAGCGUUCAGUAAGGAUACAGAGGCCAAGUAUGGUGUCAACUCUGCUCUGUCACGCAUAGUGCGGGCCCAGCACCUGGCCCUGUCGCGCAGCUUCCGCGAUGCUAUGUUUGAAUACAAUGAGGCCGAGAUGCUACAACGGGAUAACUGCAAGACCCGCAUCCAGAGGCAGCUGGAGAUCAUGGGCAAGGAUAUCUCAGGGGAACAAAUCGAGGACAUGAUCGAGAAUGGCAAGUGGGACGUCUUCUCUGGAAACCUGCUGACAGAUGGCAAGGUGGCCCGCUCAGCCCUUAACGAAAUAGAGAACAGGCACAAAGAGCUGCUGGAGCUAGAGAGCCGCGUUAGGGAUGUUCACGACUUGUUCCUGCAGAUGGCCUUGUUGGUGGAGGAGCAAGGAGACAUGCUGGACAACAUUGAGACAAACGUAUUGGAAACAGAGAAUUACUUGGGGGAGGCCAGGACUCAGAUCAAGAAAGCUGUGGAGUACAAGAGAAACAACCCUUGUAGGAAGCUAUGCUGUUGCUGUUUCCCUUGUUGUCAGUGAGUGAAUGUUCUGUGGAUUUUUGUUUUUCUACAUGAGGGUACCCCCAUAUCCAGUGGUGACUUAUUAAAGUGGUGCACAACAGAGAAUUUGCAUUGCUCUGUGCUUCCUACUCCACCAGGAGGGUUAAGCCCUGUGAAAUCCUCUUAAAAGGUCAAGCUGUAUCAAAACCGGAAGUAUGUUAAUUGUUUGGUGGUUCUAUGCAGCGGUACUGACAAGGAGGCAACAGGAAGUCUUUAAAUGUGUUAAUAAUCAUGUUAACAGACUACUAGCAACAUCUGAAUGAUAAUAUAGUAAAGUGCACUUAGUUGUUUGGAACUUCUUUCUACACUAAAAGAUACAAAGGAACCUGUUAAAGCUACUAGUACCAGCCUUUUGUUGUGAUUUCCAGUAGUGAGCUCUAGAAAUGUUCAUCUGCUUUUCUGUGCCAUGUAAAUGGUUUCAUUUGAGUCAUUCAGAAGUAAUAUUUAAUAAUAUGCAAUUAUUUACUGUACUAUACAUAGUGGGACCUUUGACAUCCAGAUGGAUUUCUAACUACAGGAAGUCAAUCGUAGAAAGGUCUAACAUGAAACUCAUUACCAUUUAAUAAUGUCCUUCUUUUUUAACACUGUACGUUCAUAAAUGUGAAGCUAAUCAUUUUUUCAGACUAAUAAAAUCAGCAUAAAGUUGACAAAACUGUAAAAAGUAGUUUAUCUGAAGAUGAACUUGCUUGUGACAAAAUAGUAAAAAAAUGAUCAAUGAUGGGAAAAUCCAUAUCCAUUUGAAAGCAUGGCUCAUUGAUUCAAAAAAGGGUUCAAAGGACAAAUUUCUCUGUGAAUAUUUGAUUUGUUGAAUACAUUUUAAAUAUACAUUUUGUAAAUAUGCAACCGUGUUAAAAAAUGCAACAUUUGCAAGGUUUUAUGUUUAUCCCAGACCCUGAAAAAAAGCUGAAUGUAAUUUAAUAAAAUUAGUUUCUGAUG